AGAUGGUGGAUCUUGAAAUUCAUCUUCCAAAUUCCGACGUGCGAACUUAUAAAUUUUAUAAAACUGACACACUGAAAGGUGCAUUAAAGAUGGUUUGCACCAAAGAAAAGCUACGUGUAAAUGAAUAUUAUUUUCAUCACAUGCAACGAACUGAUGAUAGUCUCGACAUGGCGCUUAGAAUUGGAGAUUUAAGAACAGACAAGAUAAGAUUAAUAUCCAAACGAGGUUGGUUGUCCAGAUAUUCUUAUUUUACCAUACAUCCCUCGAAUAUCUAGAUUUUAAUACUUUAACAAAUAACCACCAAGGGUACUGUUUUCCAAAAAAGCCAAACAAUUAUUAAUUUAAUGUCGAUUACAUAGGGUGCAUGUGUAUCCAAAAUCAGUCGCCCGAGCUAGGGUUCAUGAUAUACGUGCUCGAUAACUACAAGGCCAAUAUAGUUUUUGGCCAGGGAGGAAAACUGGAGAACUCUGAGAAAACCUAUAUAUAAACGAGAACCAACCAUGCUCAAAACUUACAGGGAAUUAAGUUAUCUCAGUUAUUAGUAAAUACCCUAUCCUCACAGUGGCGUAUAGCUAUAGCCCAACGAUUCAGUCCCGCUAUGCAAAUAUUGCCAUGUUUAUAAACUAUCAACACAAUCAAUUUCUAAAGAAAUGAAUAAUGAUAAUGAGUUGACAUUUGCAUAUAUAGCUGGACCAAAUAGUCGGGCUGGCUACGCCACUGAUCCUCGACCUAACAACACAGCAAGCUUAACUCAUCCGUAGAGAGGUGUGCGCUAAUGACAUCUGACAAUGCAUCACGUAAACAACCACGCACUGACGUAAUUAUUCUUAAUUCCUAGAAAUGCGAGAAGGUUCGACCAACACCCUAGACAAGGUGAGCAUAUCAACUUCCAGAAAGAAGAAUCGUGGCAUGUUUUCAUUUGUUCGUAGAAGGUUUUCGAGAAAAAGAAAGGAAUCACCACAAUAUAGUUCCGCACCUUCUGUCAUCCAAUAUACUGAUAAUGUUUUUAUGGUUGAGCGAACGGCAGGGGAGCAGGUACGAUUUCAAGCUCGACCGAAAAAUUAUCACAAAAUUAUCGAAUCGAUUAGUUUUCCAUCUAUAUUGAAAUAUUUUAUAAAGAUUUUAAAAAAAGAACCUGGAGAAACGUUUGCAAAUAAAAUUGAUAAUAUUCAAAUUUUGUGUAUUUUAUUUGAACGUUUAUGAAAUUGUAUCAUGCAGGGGAUGGCGCGUUUUAAAACAAAAAAUGAAUUUGGAAAAGACUGCGGAGUUUUUCCAUUCUUCUUUGUAUAGCAGUUUGACAUAUUGUUUUACAAGUAUUCUAUUUUGUUACAGAGGAUUGAUGAAAUUCAUCUGCGUGACAGUAAUAGUUCUGCUAAUUCAGGUAUUUUGACAACAUAUUUGUCCAUCAAUAUAGCCUUGCAUUAGAGAACAGUAUUUACAGUAUGGUCAAUUCAGUUUAUCUAUAUUUGUAAUAGAGUUUACUAUGCAUACAUAACCUCUAUUCAAAGACCAUGAUGGUCAUGUGGUGGCAACCUAAAUUCGCCCAUAGUUAAUAGAGGAGAUGGUUUGGAAACUCGUUAGCUGCAUUACAAUAAAAUCACAAUAAACCUCAUUAUCUAUGUUGUUCAGGUUUAUGCAAAAAUGUGGUCUUUCAUCGUCACGUGCGUAUUGUAUUUUCCUCAAGUCAACCAAUAGGAAUGUUCAAAAUGUCCUAUUGUUAAAGUCAUGGAUGGGCAAUUGGACAAAACCGUUGCUAUUGGCUGGUUGAGCAAAAAUACAAUACGCACGUGACGAUGAAAGACCACAUUUUUGCAUAAACCUGAACAAAAACAUAGGUAGUGAGGUUUAUUGUAAUGCUAAUAAGUUUCCAAACCAUCUCCUCUAUUAACUAUGAUUCGCCCCUCCCCUAUAUUUCGCAACCGGAGGCCGUCACUGCCGCACUGUUGUGAAGUAGUUAUCAGAGAUCGAAAAUGGUGUUAAUUCUUUUCAUUAUCCAUGUAUAUAGUAGUCUUCCACUUGGUAGCAAAUAAGAAAAGAGAAUUAUAGAUCAAUUUUCUUGCUCCUAUAUGUUUCGCACUGCUAAACAUUUUCAUUAAUAUUCUGUCAUAUACCAAAUUUCAAAUUUUAUGUAUGCUAUCGUCAGAAAGUAAUUUUUAAAAAUUGUUAUUUUGAAACCCCUCCAUUAGAAAUACAUGUGGUUGCCAGAGCAACAAAGAGCGACACAACAGGCGUAAAGAUAAUGUCCAGUACUCUACCGUCAAGAAGUGUAAAGAGAAAAGCUCCUCCACCCCCACCGGGUCUGAAGUUGAUUAUGCCAAAAUCUCAACAACCUACGUCAGGGGUCAAUGGUCAUCACACUAUUGAUGGCAAAAAAACGACUAAGAAACGUCGAGCACCAUCACCACCAAAUAACGUGACCACACCAGCAACACCAGUAAAUGAUGGUACUUCGCCAAACCAAAAUGGUACAAAACCACCAAGACCUCCUAACCCACCAUCCAUCAUAACUAGUCCAACCAAUUUACCACAUUUAGGGACAGAACACGAAGUUCCCGAAACGUCUGAUAACGUUGACUAUAAGUCACCAUUCCCAGUAUUCAUUGCUCCACCACCACCAGACAGCACACCCCCUCCUAUCGACGAGUGCGAAACUCCGAUAGGACCUAUUGAUUCAGAAUUUAUAGGUAAGUUAGCAAUGAUUAACAUUCUUGCUCUUAGCGAUGAUUAAAUUCGAUGUGUUUGUUAUGGUCGAUGUCAGGUUUCAGGGCACAGUUCCCCAGGAUUGUUGCGAAAUAUUCCAAGUUACGUUUCUAAAUUUGGAAUAUUAGACGGGGAACUUGUAUAUUUAAUUGCGCAAGUUAUUUUGUUAAUUACUAAAAUCUGAACAUACUCUAAACUUGUGAGUUGUGGUGUUUAGGGAAAACGAAUUCCUUAAAGGCUCACACGAGCGCCCGUUGAUUGGCGGUUGCCAAACCUAAAAUGAGCUUUAUUCUCUUUUAAUCAGAUGACGGUUCAGUGGAGAUUCCUGUAGAGAUCAAUGGUAUAAUUGAUGAUACUAAGUCACUGGAUUCCAAGUCUUCAGAAAACCGCGAAGACGAGAGCAACAAGGAAGCGCAAGUUAAAGUGGAACUAGAUGCAAAAGAUAGCACUAAGACAGAAAGUAGUGAAAACGACAACAAAGAUGUUUCAGAUACAAUUGAAAAGAACGGACAAAAAGAGGAGAAAAUAGUUGAAGAUCAGACGAAGGUAGCUGAAGACACAAUUGACGGCGACACAUCAUUGAAGGGAAAUGAAACUAGUACUUCGAACUCAAAAGAAAAAAAUAAACCACCAAAGGUAGAUGAGAAUGCAAAUUCACUAAAUCAAGAAAAUACUAAGAACUUGACUCCAGAGCAAUUACAAGCUUUGAUGAUGAAAACACAAAAUCCACAGGAACCAUUGAACCUUCAGAAUCAACAACUUUUUGCAAUGCAACAAAAUCAACAAAUGCUCUCGAAUAUUCUUCUUCAACAAAUGCUUCAACAGCAAAUGACACAACAACGACAACCUGCUAUAAUGCCGAUGCCAAUGGCCGGAGUGAUGCCUGUAUCACCCUUGCAUCCCAUGCAGCUUGGUGGUGGUGUGAACACCAUGCAACCUGGUGGUAUGAUGUCACCAAUUGCUAAUUACCCUAACCCUAUGUGGUCACAACCUUCUGCCCAACCAUUACCACAACCUGUUCCACCAUCAGAGUCAAAAGGAACAAAUGAGGUAAAAACGUCCACCAGUUCAACUUCGCCAGAUAAUUUGCCUAAAGAAGUAAAGUCUGAGUCAGGUUCUCAAACCGAGACAGCGAAACCACCUCUGCCAGUCAAAGAUGAAGAAUUAGUUAACCGACCUUUAUUCAAGAAGAUGCUUGCCCAGGUCUCUCAGGGAAAAAUCCAAGGUAUUCCUCGUCAGACGAGUCACGAUUCUGAGGCUACUCCAACAUCUCCAAUUUCACCAACUGCUAAAAUUGCUAAAGCUCCAACAUCGUAUGUUGCAAGUGCUGAGAGAAAUGUCCCUCAAUCGAAACCCGAAGAAGAGCGAAAAGCUCCGAUAACUCUCGGUGAAGCUGGGCGAAAGUCAUCUUAUGUUGACAGCGCUAUAAGCAAGAAAAAAGAUGAAGAUGUUAUUCAAAAUGAUGUAAAGGUUACAACUAAAAUUCCCGAGAAUAGUGCGGUUUCUAUAAAUAAAAUUCCUGCACAAGUAGUUGUUGUAGAUUCUACGAUAAAUAAACAGAGCAAAGCUACCGAACCUGACGUAAAAAUUGAGAAAACAUCUCAGCAAGCAGUAAUGGCAACGGACAGUAGCAACGUUUCGCGCAACGCAAGCACCUCCAUGGGGAACUCAAUGAAACACGAAAACACUUCAUCAAGUGUAAUGUUCACUCAAACCGUACCUUCUGCACCAAAUGUUCUCGAUCAUAAUAAACCGUUGGUGGGCUUCAAUCAAGUGCAUACCGUCAACACACCUAAACCAACAUCCCCGACCUCUAUCCCGAGCGUGACAGGUGGAGCGUCGGUUUCUGAAGUGGAGAAUGAGAGACAGACCUCUCCUAUUGUUAACAACCACACUCCUUCCCUAAUUACAUCCACGUCUUUCGGCCCCAACCCUAACCCAGGUGCAACAGUGGUAAAUCACAAUUCUCCUAACCAAGCCAAUCCCCCUGUAAGUACCCUCCCUUCAGGUACCACUGUGGUCAAUCCUCCUAUCCACUCUAAGCCUCCAAUACACGCACCUAAACCGCACAUCUCUGCUUCAGGUGUUGCAGUCGUAAAUCAUAACACUCCUAACCAACCAUUAGUAAACACCCCUAAGCCUCCCACCAACCCACUCAACGUGACCUCCAUAGCUCGGCAAGCAGCACAGGUUGCUGCUGAAAAAAGAAACUCACAGAUUUCAAAACCUCCAUCGUACGUUGGCCAUACUCCACAUAAACUGAAAACUGAAGAACCAGUUCUGGGAACUUUCAAAUAUCAACGAGCCUUCGUUCCACCACUUUCUCCGCCAACAAAUGCGGGACUUAACCAAAAUGGUGGUCAGUUAUCUUACAAUUAUGCUACCACUGGUAGAAUUAAAACUGACGGUGCUAAACCACCUCAAGUUGCUAAAAAACCAAGACAUAUGUCAGAACCGAAGCCUACUGUUGCAACUAAACCUACUUAUGACAUUAGACAAAGUAAGGCAUUGCCCAACAAAAGUAAGAAAUCACAACAUAUAAAUAUUUCGUUGAGUUUAUCUCCAGAAGAACGAAUGCAGCUUCAUAAUAAAUCUGGAUUGGCAACGAACGCGGCAGGAAGAUAAGGUAAAUAGGUCGUGUUGAAAUUGACUAUACGGAAAUUC